AUGGUCCUUCAAGAUCUAGGGCGGCGCAUCAACGCCGCCGUGAAUGACCUCACGAGGUCAAGCACACUCGACGAGAAGGCAUUCGAUGACAUGCUGAAAGAAAUCUGCUCUGCUCUUCUAUCCGCCGACGUCAACGUCCGCCUCGUCCAAAACCUACGCAAAUCCAUCAAACACAGCGUCAACUUCUCCUCCCUCCCCUCAGCCGUCAAUAAGAAACGCCUUAUCCAAAAAGCCGUCUUUGAUGAGCUAGUUGCGCUCGUCAACCCCCAUGCGGAUCCCUUUAAGCCCAAAAAGGGAAGAGUCAAUGUGAUCAUGUUUGUGGGUUUACAAGGUGCCGGAAAGACGACAACAUGUACCAAAUUGGCGAGACAUUAUCAGAUGCGCGGAUUCAAGACGGCGCUUGUCUGCGCGGAUACAUUCCGUGCUGGUGCUUUUGAUCAGUUGAAGCAGAAUGCUAUCAAGGCGAAGAUUCCAUACUACGGCAGUUUGACUCAAACGGAUCCCGUCGUUGUGGCGGCGGAGGGKGUGGCACAGUUCAAGAAGGAGCGAUUCGAUAUUAUCAUUGUCGACACGAGUGGUCGUCACAAACAGGAAGAGGAUCUAUUCGAGGAAAUGACUCAGAUCCAAAAUGCGGUGCGACCAGAUCAAACUAUCUUGGUGCUUGAUAGUACCAUCGGCCAAGCCGCCGAAGCGCAAUCUUCAGCCUUCAAGGCAACGGCAGAUUUCGGUGCGAUCAUCAUCACCAAAACCGACGGCCAUGCUGCCGGAGGUGGUGCUAUCUCUGCAGUCGCCGCUACACAUACCCCAAUUAUUUUCUUGGGUACUGGAGAACACAUGAUGGACCUGGAACGAUUCGAACCAAAGGCUUUUGUCCAGAAGUUACUCGGAAUGGGAGACAUGGCUGGAUUAGUCGAGCAUGUAMAAGCCAUAACCAAGGACUCCGCUGGCGCAAAGGAGACGUACAAACACAUCUCCGAGGGCAUCUACACAAUCCGCGAUUUCCGUGAAAACAUCACCUCGAUAAUGAAAAUGGGUCCCCUGUCAAAAAUAUCAGGCAUGAUCCCCGGCUUGUCGAAUAUCACUGCCGGUCUUGACGAUGAAGAUGGUACAAUGAAACUGCGCCGCAUGAUUUAUCUUUUCGACAGCAUGACGACCGCCGAACUCGACAGCGACGGCAAACUUUUCGUCGAACAGCCCAGUCGAAUUGUGCGCGUUGCCUGCGGCAGCGGCACCACAGUCCGCGAAGUCGAAGAUUUGCUGUCACAACACCGCAUGAUGGCCGGCAUGGCCAAACGCGUCGGCGGGCAACGCAAACAAAUGCAGCGUGCACAAAACAUGCUCAAGGGCGGAAACAAAGAGCAGCAAAUGGCCGCUAUGCAGAAACGGAUGCAGUCCAUGGGCGGCGCUGGUGGUGCGGGCGGUAUGCCUGGUAUGGGUGAUAUGGCGAAGAUGAUGCAGAUGUUGCAAGGGGGACAAGGAGGGGCUGGUGGUGCAGGAGGUGCAGGCGGAAUGCCGAAUUUUGGAGGCAUGGACUUGCAGAGUAUGAUGAGUCAGAUGAGCGGGUUAAUGGGAGGUGGUGGUAUGGGCGGAAUGGGUGGAGGUGGUGGUAGGGGACGGGGGCGGUGA